UCUGGCGCCGAGAAGGUCACCAUUAGAGUGCUCGUCGGGUGAGGUUCUCUCAUUUCGUGUUUCUUUAUGUCUUCCUUAUGUGUUGACGGUGCCCACACUGCUCUCACCCAACCAGCUGAAGAACCCCAAGCCCCCCGCAGCCUGACUACAGUAUUUGUUGAAGAUGUAGAAUGACCCUCAGCUGACUGAUGCAACAAUGGGAGACAAGCCCCCUCCUCUUCCACCAAAAAUGCGCUCUGUGGGUGGGGGUCAGUACACACAACAGGACAUUGCAAAAGCCCUUGAGGAAGAAAACAAAGAAUACGAAAGAAUCCGAAGGGAAAAACUAAGCAGAUCACAGUCCCAGCGAUCUGCCUCAGUUAAGGAAAAUGGCACACAAGAUCGACCCAGGCCUCAGACUCCCACUGAAAGAGGGAGUACAAAAACUGAUGUCAAACCAAGACCUCGUCCCAGUCCAGCCACAACACAACCAACACCCAAACCUCGCACAUUUAGCCUCUCUCACACCCAGCCAGUCAGCUUAUUUCCACAGUCACAAGCUGCAACUAAAACUAGAUCAGUGUCACAAGGUUCUCCUUUUAUCACUGAAUCUCAGUUUACACAUGUUAGUCAGUUAGAAUCAGUAAGCACAUCAAAAUUUACAUCCACUGAUGAAAACCAGGAAGAUUUGAUUUCAUUUCACAGUCCAGAGAAACCAAAGAAUGACAUACUUACUCUUCUUCACAAUAUUAAUGCCAACCAGAGUGCAGUAGUUCCUAUCACAACUUCUCAGGGAACAUAUACAAUGUCAAAUACUUACAGACAAUCAUUCUCUACCCCACCUCCAACAGUGAGACCCCCUUCCAGUUUAUCAACAUAUCAAGGGACAAUAACCCCCAUUGUAGCAGGGUCCACCUGGUCUGUAGCUGGUCAGAAUGGGAUGACUCCAUAUCCCAAUUACAGCUCAUCAUCCCUCUCCUCAGUUUCAUACCAGUCAGUAAUAGGACAGUCAAGUUCCCUCUCUUGUGGUCUCAGUUACAAAAACUUCCAAAAUCCUGGUCAGCUGGUACCUGUAACUCAAGCCUCAUCAGGCACUCAGAGUGCUCCUCCCAUCACACAAAGAUGUUCUAAUCUGGAUAUUAAUCUUGUCUUGGGUAAUCACUUAUCUGAUUGUCAGAGUACAUCAGCAGCCUCUGGAACACCCACAAAAGAAAUGGCCUUAAGUGUCAGUUUAAUUGGAAAAUCACCAAACAUUCCUAAAGAUGAUCUCAUAGAUCUUGGUAAAGGGUCAGCAGUGAAAGAUUCUGUGGACUGUGAAACAAAGACUAGUCUUUUAGAUGCAUUCGACCCAAUAGUAUUGAAAGCCAAAGAAGAGGAAAAGGCAAAGAAAAGGUCUCCAUCAUCAUCAUCAUCUAUAAAUCAAGGAGAAACAAAUGUUGAGCCUUCUGAUGUUUCAAUUAGUGAAGAAGCCCAAGAGUUACUAUCAUUUAAGUCACGUAAAUCACGCAACGACGACGAAAUGAGUUACUAUGAACAAGUUGAUCCCUUUGAGUAUAUGCACCCUGGUGCAAGCAGUACAAGAUCAGACCCAGUUUAUGAUAUUUAUGAUGGUUUGGUCAGUCCUGGAGCAGUUGGUGGAGAGACUUUUGACAUUCCCCCUCCAUUACCCCCUCGCUCAAGUGUUGUAGAAGAGGUUGAUAUCAGACUACGGAGAGGAGCUAGAAGUCCAAAAUCUCCAAGAGUAGCAGCACUAAAGAAGAGGUCUUGCUUGAAAUUUGAUGGCACUUCAACCUCAAGUCAUAUUCAGCUUUGCAAGAUUCCUGCCCUGAGUGCAGAUGAUGAAGCAAGAGCCUUCUGGGAUAGCAUCAAGAGGCGCAGAGGAGAGUAUACGUGGAGUGAUCACAUAGGAAAUCCUGGGCUCCUGCACAGUGCCUGCCUUGAAAGCUCGAUUGACCCUAAGCAGAGUAUUAAACUGACUGUGCACUACCUCAGCCAUGAAUCUGUCACUUUCACAUGCAACUUGGAUUCAAGCGUGGAGCAUGUUGUGAUGCACACUGUAUGCACUUUGGAACUUCCUGGAGAAUCAGCAGAUUAUGUUCUCAAGGUCCGUGGACUGGAUGAAUAUUUAUCUGGAGAGACAGUCCUUGGAGAGUAUGAAUAUGUACACACCUGUAUGAAAUUUGAUGAAGAUGUUAUUUUCACACUCAUGCAUGCAGAUUCAGUCAAGCAAGCAUAUCUACGAACGGAGGAAGAUGACCAAACAGUCUUAAAUGUACAUGUGGAAGAACUUAUGUCUGCUGGAUCUGGAGAUGUGGCACACUAUGAACAGCUCACCAUUGUGGUUGAAACGUUUGAGAAAGAACUGUCACGCCUUCAGAAUUCAGGAUUUUUGCUGAUUGAUGGGACACCAGUUCAAGACUUACCUUCCCCCAUGAGGUCAAGGAAAGUCCGUCAGGUUGUGAGGCAGAUGUGCACUGUGCUGGGAAACUUGGAAACAAAUGAAGUUUCUGAUGCUAUUACUACCCUUGUGAACACAUGUAGAAUUAUUCAAAAGAGUCAAGGCAUUCUUGAUGGUGAAGAAGACUUUCCUGGACAACGCAUUCUUUCCACUGGUUCUCAUGAUGCAUCCAGCCCAGAUUUUCUUAAGAAGCAGCUCCUGGAUGCUGUCAGCUGCUUGGGUGCUGCUGUCAACAACUUUUUGAUCAUGUACGCAAAAGCCUUCAGGGUGGAUUUCACAGUGGAUAUUACAACAGAACCCACAAAUGACCCACAAGAUAUACGAGAUGUGAGAGAAAAAGUGUCUGUGAAGAUUCAAGGUUUCCAUCGUCUGGAACGAGAGUGGAAAUAUGAUGAAUAUUUUGUGCAUGCUCAGCUGUUCCAUGGGUCAAGAUGUUUAGGACAGCCUGGCUAUUCUCACACCAGAAAAAUGUCUGAAGGCACCACAUUCUACCCCAAAGUCACUUUUAAUGGAUGGCUUGAUCUGGAAGCUCGCAUCAACACUCUACCAAAGGAGAGCAGACUUGUCUUCACAGUGUUUGGAGUGAAAAUUAUUGAAGCAGAGAGUAAAGGUGACCAGCCUCAGUACAUUAGAGAAGAGAUUGGAUGGGCGGCAGUACAGUGCUUCUCCUUUGAUGGACACCUCACUCAGGGAUCCCACCUCCUCACUCUGUGGCCAAUGGCAAGUGACAGACGGCUGGGUCCUGCGCCUUACUCCUCUGACCAUCCACAGGUCCACAGCUGCCCAGUCCUCUCUGUGGAGCUGUUUGACAUUAAGGGGGAAGUUGUGUUCCCAGAGAUCAUCCCCCUUGAGCCAACAAAACUUGAGUUCUCCUCCUUGGACAUCAACACACAACAACUUCUCUCUGAUAUAAUAGAGAGGGACAUUUUUACGUUUAACAAAGGAUCGGCAGAAGAACGUGAAAUUCUAUGGGAAAAGAGACACUAUCUGCAUGCAGAGCCCUUCGCCCUGGCCAAGGUUCUGCUAGCUGCACACUCAUGGGAUGUGUCAUGUCUGCCAGAUCUUCACUCUAUUGUCAAGAAUUGGGCCUCACCAGCUCCAGCAGAUGCCUUGCACCUUCUGUUGCCUUGUUUCCCAGACAGUGUGGUGCGUGCUCGUGCAGUGGAGUGGAUCAGGGGGCUGGGCUCUGAUGAACUGAUAUCAUUUUUGCCUCAGUUAGUCCAGGCUGUGAAACAUGAAGCUUGGGAUGUAUCCCCCAUAGCAGAGCUGCUGCUGGAACGUGCCCUCACCUCCCCAAGGCUUGCACACCAUCUUUAUUGGCUACUCAAUCAGUGUCUUCCUCUUCAGACCAACAUGGGAGGGGAGCGUGAAGUGGUGAGUGAUGCCAGGUACCGGCGCCGACUGAACCUGGUCACCCGAGCACUGAUGGCAGUGUGUGGGAAAAAUAUGGAGAACAGGCUACUUAAACAAGAAGCUGUCCUUAGAAGCCUUUAUGCCACAGCCAUGAGCAUCAAGGACAUUAAGGAUAACCAGAGAAUGCCCAAACUAUGCAGAGAUUUGGAGCAUAUACAUUACAGUCUUCAGGCAAGCCCAACAUCUCUUCCUUUGUCACCAUCCAUGGAAGUUGCUGGAGUGGAUGUAAAAAAUUGUUCCUACUUCAACUCCUUCACAGUGCCUCUCAGGCUGGCAUUCUUGUCUUCAGAGGCAGAAACUGAUCCAAUACAUGCAAUUUUCAAGGUGGGAGAUGACCUGCGGCAAGACAUGCUGGUGAUUCAGAUGAUCCGGCUGAUGGACAGAUUGUGGCUCAAAGAGGAUCUGGAUCUCAAGGUGGUCACUUUUAAUGUUGUGCCCACAGGAGAUAAGAUAGGAAUUAUUGAACUAGUCAAAGAUGCAGAAACAUUGCGCAAGAUUCAGACGGAAUAUGGGGUCACCGGCUCCUUUCAGGAUCGUCCCAUAGCAGAGUGGCUGGCGAAGCAAAACCCCUCACAGCUAGAGUACCAAAGAGCUGUUGAAAAUUUUACUGCUUCAUGUGCUGCGUACUGUGUUGCUACUUACAUAUUGGGAAUCUGUGAUCGUCACAAUGAUAAUAUUAUGCUGAAGACCUCUGGACAUCUGUUCCACAUUGACUUUGGCAAAUUCCUUGGUGAUGCACAAAAGUUUGGUAGUUUUAAAAGGGAUCGCACACCCUUUGUGCUGACAUCUGACAUGGCUUAUGUUAUAAAUGGAGGUGAGAAACCCUCUGACAAAUUCCAAGGAUUUGUUGAUCUCUGUUGUUGUGCUUUCAACAUUAUUCGAAAAAAUGGCCAACUUCUCCUAUACUUAUUUGCUCUGAUGGCAUCUUCCGGCAUCCCUGGUGUAACAUGGGAAGCAGUGACAUACGUGGAGCGAGCAUUACUACAGGACAACACCAAUGCUGAGGCGGGUGCCAUGUUCUCCCGCAUGAUCCAGGACUCACUCAAGUCGUGGUUCACUCAGGUUAAUUUCUUCAUCCACAACUUGGCACAACUGAGGUUUUCAGGUGAUCACUCAGGUGAUCUCCUUUUAUCCUUCAUUCCAAAGAUAUAUACAGCACAGCAAGAUGGUAAAAUCAGCAAGGUGAGCCUUUACAGUUACCAAAAACGGUACAAUCCCAAUAAGUAUUAUGUGUACAUCCUAGAAGUGGAGAGGGAGGGCCAAAGAGAGCCAACCUAUUUGUUCCGAUCCUACAGAGAAUUCUCAGAGUUUCACCAGAAGUUGUGCCUCAUCUUUCCAUUAGCUAGGAUCCAUAGCCUUCCUAAAGGUGUUCAGAUUGGCCGCUCAGAAGUGAAGGCAGUUGCUGAGAAGAGGAAAUUUGAGAUUGAGCUUUUCCUUGCCACACUCUUUGACUUAACAGCUGAGAUAUCCCACUCUGAUCUGGUUUACACAUUCUUUCACCCACUGCUGAGAGAUCAAGAAGACACUGAUAUCCACAUAAAAAAACUGAAAAAUAGAGACACCCGUAGUUCACUCCCUCCAAAUUUACCAAGUGUACCGGGUCAUGUGCAGGGCCAAGUGAAAGUUAGUGUGCAGUACCUGCGUGGGCAGCUGCAAAUCAUGGUCCAUCAUGCCCGCAAUCUGUCUUUCAUCAGUAAUGGACAGGAGCCUUCCCCUUAUGUGAAGCUGUACCUCCUGCCAGACCCGCACAAGAAAACAAAGAGGAAGACAAAAGUUGUGAAAAAAACAUGCCAUCCAACUUUCAUGGAGCUUAUAACCUACCGAAUGUCUCAGGACAUCAUCAAGCAGCGUAUCCUUGAAAUAAGCGUGUGGAGUGAGGACAAGUUCAGUGAGAAUAUUUACCUAGGAAGUUCCUAUUUACGACUCAAUGCCCUGGAGCUGAAGGAGGAGCAGUGUGAGUGGCUGAGUCUGGAGCACCAGCGCAAUACAGCCCUGGGACACACCAUUCAGCACAAUGCCUAGGUGAAGUAGGUGGUUUUUUGCACCCUUUACCUCCACAAAAUGUGUAAAAUGGAAAAAAGGAGGGCCCAGUUUCUUUUCAUCUGAUCUGGCUGUUAUAGUUCAAGAUACUGUAACACACGUUAACUGCAAGAUUUGUUUUUUAAUAUGCGUAUUAACAUUCUCUUUGCUGAAAUUAUAUUUAUGUGCAGUGUUACAGGACGUGAAAAGAUACUAACACUGAACAAUGUUCUUUGCCAUUGAUUAGUCUACAUAUUCCCUCCUUGUUUUAAAAUGUGCUGCUCAUUUACUCUGAAAACCUACCAAAACCUUCAUUUAUAAAGUGCAGCCAGUCUCAACAUUAGCAGAGGUUAUGUAACAAACACCCAUCAAUAUUGGAAAUCUGUGAAAACAUAUAAUUGGUGCACCCCAUUAAAUAAAACUUCUGACCCUCCUAUAGUGAAGCAUCCCCUUAAAAACACUCUUGAUCCCUCUAUGACAUCAUAAAAGUAAACCAAAGCUGUAUGUAUUCACAAAUUUUUUUUUAUAUUUAAUAAAAGAAAGUAAAAUAAUAAAUACUAUGGUGCAACCUCACUCCUUCCUACUCCAUGGUAUCACCAACAUGAUUACCAGUGCUGUGUCAUCACCACAUGCUCUACUGUUCUGCCUCCUUUCUUUUAUCUAAUUUAAUAAAUCCACCUUUUCCUUUAGAAUGAGCACCUUUGUAUGCUUAGGGAGCCUCCAGCAGAUGCCUUAGAAGGUCUUGUAGGGACCAUGGAGGAAAUAGGACAAUAAUGAAUGUAGUCAUGAAAAGAGUGAGAGUGAGGGAGUACACAAUAUACAGGCAGUAGGAAAUGUACACAAUGGAUCACCAUAAUUGCGCUAAAUGACAACACUACCCUGCAGCAGAGAGUGUGUGGGUUGAUGCACCAUAAGCUGUGCAUGGGUGUAAACAUGUUUGGCAUGGUGAGAUUUGAAUUGGUGGCAACCCAUGAAAAAUUUAAUCUGCAUACAUUUUCCUUUUGGGAUCAGUCCACAAAUUACUAGAUCCAUGAAUGUUGAACCUACAAAUGUUGAGGGUUGGCUGUAUUGGAUUAUAGAAAUACAGAUGAUCUGCCAUUUUGUCUCAUA